AUGGCGAACAAUACAUCUACCGAUGAUGAGCAAGGACAAAUUUAUCAGUGGCUAUCCUCAGUGAAAGAUGCAGAUCAAACUCUGGAUAAAAUUGCCGCAGAUACGAAACAGCAGGGUUGGGGUGUCACGGCAAUGGCCACUACUCCUCUCAUAUCAUUGGAAUCACCCGGAGACUUGCCUGGAAUUACUCGUUCAACUCACAGAAAACGGAGUAUCGACCAUCGUGGCCAAUCCCGAGAGUCGCUUCAUAUCCAAAGUCCCACACGAAAUCAAGACCGCAACAAGAGAGCACGGCAUAGCUAUGAGCGAAAACCCAGACACAAGACCCACGAUGAUCAUUACGAGUACAAAGAGCCAUCAGCUGCAGCGUCUCGACCACUUGUCCGCAAGGGCAAGGCCAAGAAUGGACACGGCAGAAAGCACACGUUGAAUGAUGAUUUUCAAGCUGUCAACGUCACUGGGAACAGACUGACGAUUCCCAAUCAAGCACGUCUGGGCAUCUUCAACAAGGGAAAAACAUCUUCGACAGCCGAUCACCCUACCCGAUCAUCGGAGGAAUCCCGCCGAGUCCGACUUAGCCUUUUCCGAGAUGACCUUUUAUCACGGAAAAAGACCACCAGUCCUGGGGCAAUGUUGACUGCUGCCGAGGAUACUCCUUUUAUGCAGCAUGAAAAGCCGACCCAGUCGAAAGGGUCGAUCAAGUUAUCUUCGAACAAUGCAUCAAAGACGCACACUGGAAAUUCAUUCCACAGGUCAGCGCAACAAUUCGCCUUAUCUCCCAUGCCUCUGUCCUCCUUUGCCUGUGCUCCCACGAACAAGAUUUCGUUGGCCUCCAAACCGUGUGUGUGUACCCUCCCAGGUAUUCAAGUUGAAAAGGGCGGGAUAUCCGAGCAGUCUUCUUCUCCAUAUACCUGGCCCGAGAGCGAAGCCCAAGAUACACUCCGAGAGCUUGCUCUGCAACAAUACCUUCUAGAAGUUUUACACUCUGGCUUGGACCCACAUGCUGCCUCUAGUGUUACCUCUGAUCACCUGCCAUCCCUCAGGUAUUGGAGUCUCGCUGAGCUUUGGAUGCUUUUGGAAGAGCGAAAAGCGUCGUGGUCGACAGAGACCGACAAAAAGCAACCUGUGUCGCUCAACCCGAAAUCAAGAGAUCAGAGCUCAGCGAAACAAGCAGUACAGCCAUCGUUUACAGUCGUAGCACCGUCCCCACAGGGACUAGUUUGUGCUGAUGUCAACCCCCAGGCAACUUCGAAUUCAAGGGUCGCACUUGACCUCUCUCAUGGAGGGCAUAGUGGUUUUUUCUUCAGGGGAGAUAAAGGUCAUCCUCAUCAGCCAAGAGGUCGAUGCGGAGAUGUGUCAUCGGAGAUAAUCGAAGACUGCAACAGCUCGGGUGCCUCGCCUGAAGGUCGCCAAAGCCCACCUCGAGCAAAGGCUGAGUACUUCUCCACUUUUCCACAACAAGAAUUCCCAAAGAGCGCCUCUUUCAUUGAUCUCGAGGAUUUGGACCACGUUGAAGAUGACGACUCAUUUUAUGAAACACUGGAUACUGCUUACCAUGCUAUCAUAGGCCCCGAUGCUGCAGGGCAAGAUGAUGUCUUAGAGGCACCUGACUCACCUGUCCUCCUGGGCUCUUCAAGAUUUAACGAAGCAAGUGAUCCAUUUACCACGCCACAGUCGACCGGGGAUAUGAGCGUUGUCCUCGCUACUCAACUUGAGAAAAUAGAACAACCGCCACCCCUUGCUCAGAGCAUCAAGCCGGAAAGAGCUGACACAGAAAGCUUGAGACUAAGUCACCAGGAUAAGCGACUUAGGAACUCUUCAAAGAAGGGAGGGCUUGGUCAAAACACAAUCCUGCCAUGGUUGACUGGAUACAACAAUCCAAAGAUACUCGUUCCAACCUCAAGCACAUUGGAGCAAAAUCAGGACCCGGAUUUGUCUCACUUUUGGCGGCAUAACAGAUUGUAUUAA